UAGUGGCUCAGGCUUUACUUAGUGAUGAAACAACAGAAGACCUUGCUAUGGAGAGUGUAAUAGUGACUGAAUAUCCUAUAACCUAUUAUAUUCUUUGUAUUUGGCACCUUAAAGAAAAUAUUAAAAAAUGCUUCAUAGAAAACUUAGUAGAUCAUUUAAUAAUUUUUAUUCCACUUUUUAAAAAUAUUGCUCAUGAAUUUACAACUAUAUUAUUUAUACUUGGUAUUGAAUCUAUAUUAUUUGUAAAAAGUCAAAAUGUCUGUCUGAAAUGCAUAAUUGAAAAUAGCAACACAUCUUUUUAUAAACUUGAAAAAGUUCUAAUAGACAGUGCUAAAAAUACUAUAAAACAGAAGCAAUAUGAAGAUUUAACUAGAGGUGUUAAUUUAAUAAAUCAUGAGUUUGUUAAGAUAGUUAAAACAUAUUUGGCUAGUGUAUGUGAAAAAGAAAUUAUAAGUCAACAAGUAGAAAAUUCAGAAGAUAAAGAUUUAGAUAAAGAGAAUACUCUUCCAAACGUCAUUUUUAGAAAUCCAAGGAAAGUCAUUAAUAAAGUACAAUCGAAACUAUCUAGCCAUUAUAAUAAUCAACAAAGUCAACAUUCAACAAAUGAAUUAUUACUUGAUAGUAAGAAAAAGCGUGCACAGAAUCAUUGUAGUUACUGCAAGGAGGUAGAUCACAAUAUUGCAAUAUGCUUUAAAAAAGCUAAGAAUUAG